AUGAACUUCACGGAGGGUCCCGAUUUCUUUGUACCCAUGUCCAAUGAGACGGGGGUGGUGCGGAGCCCCUACGAAUACCCACAAUACUACCUGGCUGAUCCAUGGGUGUUCUACAUGAUUGCAGGAUACAUGUUCUUCCUCAUUGUCACCGGCUUCCCCAUCAAUGCUCUCACUUUCCAUGUUACCAUCGGGCACCAGAAGCUGCGGACGCCGCUCAAUUAUCUCUUACUGAACCUGGCCAUGGCCAACCUCUUCAUGGUGGUGGGUGGGUUUACCACCACCAUGUACACGGCCAUGCGUGGAUACUUUGUCUAUGGUCAUGCUGGCUGCAACACAGAAGCAUUCUUUGCCUCCCUGGGUGGUCAGGUCUCACUCUGGUCACUGGUGAUUCUAGCCGUGGAGAGGUGGAUGGUGGUCUGCAAGCCCAUGAAGAAGUUCCGCUUCCGCCAGUUCCACGCCUGCCUUGGGGUUGGCUUCUCCUGGAUGAUGGCCUUCUCCUGCGCCUUGCCACCUCUGCUGGAGUGGUCACGGUACAUCCCUGAAGGCUUGCAGUGCUCUUGCGGAGUUGACUACUACACCAUAAACCCCAAACUCCACAACGAGUCCUUCAUCACCUACUUGUUUGUUGUGCACUUCACCAUCCCACUGAGCGUCAUCAGCUUUUGCUACACCUGGAUUCUCUGCACAGACAAGGCGGCGGCUGCUGCACAGCAGGAGUCCGAGACUACCCAGAGGGCCGAGAGUGAAGUCACCCGCAUGGUGAUCGUGAUGAUCAUGACAUUCCUCAUGUGCUGGCUGCCCUAUGCAAGCAUGGCCUUGUACAUCUUCACGCACCAAGGCAUCACAGUCAGCCCCCUCUUCAUGACCAUUCCAUCGUUCUUUGCCAAGAGCUCGACACUCUACAACCCAGUCAUCUACGUGUGCAUGAACAAGCCAUUCCGGGACUGCGUGAUUCGCACCAUGUACAACGGAGAGAACCCCUUUGAGAAGGAGGAAGAGGCCUCCUCUGUGUCUUCCAGUUCAGUUUCUCCUGAAUAA